AUGGAAAUAUGCUUUCCUUGGAUUCUGCUUGCCACAAUGGUCAUGGCAAUGCCACUUUCAUUUUGGAUAAAAGCAAACCAACUUUCUUACGACUACUACUAGUUUUCGUGUCCAAACUUGGAAAGCAUAAUCGAGAGUGAAUUGCUAAGCUUAUUCUUGACAGAUGCUAGUGCGCCAGCUGCAUUUCUUAGACUCAUGUUUCACUACACCAAAAUUAGCCGAUUUCGUGACUGUCGAGUUCAAGGAUGUGAUGCCUCAAUUUUGUUGGACUCCAACUACCUAAAUUACAGCUCCGAAAUGGUCUCUUCAAGGAACUUUGGCAUCAGAAAGCGGGAAAUGAUCAGCCACAUAAAGUCGACAUUGGAAGAAGAAUGUCCAGGACAGGUGUCUUGUGCAGAUAUCAUUGUAUUGGCUGCUAAGGAAUCAGUGUCGUUCUCUGGAGGACCCAAUAUUGAGAUCCCACUAGGAAGAAAAGACUCCAGAACUUGUAGUUUCCAGGAGGCUGAUGCUAAGCUUCCUUCACCAACGACAACGGUUGAUGAAUUUAUAUCCAUCUUCGUGUCUAAAGGAAUGAACAUUGAAGAGUCAGUUUCCAUUUUAGGUGCACACACACUAGGGGUUGGACACUGCUUGAACAUAGUUGGUAGGUUGUAUGAUCCAAAGCUAGGGGACACGAUGGAUUUUGGGUAUGAAGCAUCACUAAAACUAGCAUGCCCAACUGAGAUUCCUCUCACAAACCUCACAAUUGUGCCUAAUGACAUGACCCCCCUUAUAUUUGACAACCAGUAUUACCGAGACAUUAUAAUAGGGAGAAGCUUGUUUGGUAUUGACUCCAGCAUUUCUAGAGAUCCGCGAACAGCACCCUUUGUCAAGGGGUUUGCUAUGGAUCAGAACUACUUCUUCAAGGCUUUCUCAUCUGCAUUUGUUAAGCUUUCUACUACCGAUGUUCUCACCGAUGUGCAGGGUGAUGCCCGUAGGCAAUGCAACCAGUUAAAUUAAUGCCAGAGUAAAUGUUCUCCAAGUAAAUAUAUAAGAAAAGUUACAGUACAUGCACAGGGCCUAUACAAUUCAUAUGCCCUCUAGUAGUUUAAAUUCUAAACAUUCAUCCACCUACUU